AUGGACGACGAGUAUGGAGAUUUACAGGACUUCCACGAUAUCCUCGCAUCUAGCGAAGCGUUAGACAAGGCAGCUCCUGCGCCUCCGCCUCCCACACCAGGCGCUGCGCCAAAAGUGCAACAGCCCAAACCACAGGCUCUUCCAGCACGUCGAGGGCCGUCUUCUAUUCUUGUUUCAUCAAGACAAAAAGGAAACCCGAUUCUGCACCACAUAAAGCUGACGCCAUGGGAGUAUGCAGAUAUACCGGCGGACUAUGUCGUUGGGACAACCAGCUGCGCGCUCUUCCUGUCUUUGAAAUACCACCGGCUACAUCCAGAAUACAUCUACACCCGAAUUAAGGCUUUGGGAGGGAAGUUCCAGCUACGGAUACUUCUCACGAUGGUAGACAUACCGAACCAUGAAGACAGCCUGAAGGAAUUAUCAAAAACGUGUCUAGUCAACAACCUGACUACCAUCCUAUGUUGGUCUGCCCCAGAAGCCGCACACUAUCUGGAACUGUUCAAGUCCAGUGAGAAAGCACAGCCAACGGCGAUUAGAUCCCGGCAAGCUCAAACAUAUAAGGAUAGCCUGGUGGAGUUUGUCACGGCGCCUCGAAGCAUCAACAAGUCUGAUGCGGCCAGCCUGAUGUCUACAUUUGGGACGCUGCGGAACGCAGUUAAUGCACAGCCGGAGCAAAUCAGUGCAGUGCCUGGCUGGGGUGAGAGGAAGGUCCAGCAGUGGACGAAUGCGGUGCAGGAAGACUUUAGAACUGAAAGGGCGUCCAAAAAAUCCGCGGCUCCUAGGAGAGAGCCCGGAAAGGGACGUGGACUUUACACGAGAGAUAAACCUCAGCCUGGCCAAGGGAACGCUGCUGUUGAAGAUGACGAGGCGGCCUUGGAGGUUCUACGUGAGGCAGAAGCCGAGGGUUCCAAAGCGAGUAAGCCCUCGGAGGAAGCUGUUAGUGACGGAACUCGAUCUCGAUCUCCGGACUGGACGAAGUUGACGAAACGAAAGCGCGAGCACGACGCUGCAUGCGGCCAGGACAACAUCGGACUUCGCAACCGGACGAGCUACUCCGUCGAUACGACACACGACACUCUAGACCUCAGGCCCCUGUCGUGGAGGGACAGCCGUUGGAAGGGUAGCCGACCGUCGGAGCCUGGUGGCGCCAGCAACGGUCUCCCUAUGGGGAAGUCCGCUGCAACACUCGAUGCAGGCGCGGACCCCAGCUCAGCAGCCAACUCGCCGUCAACCCAAGUUGCCGCAGAUGGACCGCGAAACUUUGAGUUCGUCCUGGUCACAGAUUCCGAGUCCCGAAGACAGGUUCGACGCCAUGCCAUGCGCCAGUAUGUCCAUCAACGGCGGCUCGACGGUAUAGCACGUCUGGAAUCCACGCGGGUGCAGGUUACGGGAUGGUCGACGGGGAAGACACCAAGCGAAACGAGCGCCUCGCCGAAGAUAGAAGAGCUCGAUAACGAUGACGAACCGAAACAGCUGUGCCGAGCUCGCAGCCAGAUUCAACGCAGGGCCAGUCAACGGGCUGCAGCAUCCCAUAAACCCAGGAGGACCUCUACUGGAAGUUCUCCAGCCAGCCAGAAUGGUGUUGGUGCCGCAGAUUGGGAGCAUACGGUAGAGAUGGUUACCAAUCCUAAAGCGGAGUCUCCCCUUGCAACAUACGAACCCUUCAAUUGCUUCCCCAUAGCUUUGAACCCUGUUGAUAAUAAAUUAAUUGAUCACUAUGUAACGAAGUAUCCCAUGAUGAUGUACAAGAUGGAGAACGCUCAGCAGGACAACCCCAUUCGGGCCAUCUUUCAUAAUAUAGCUCUUCACGACCCCGUUCCCUUCCAAGCCAUGCUAGCGGUUGCUGCAAAGCAUAGAGCUGGUAUGGAAGGGCAGGUAGAGACUGUUCAAUCCCUGACACACAAAAUGCGGGCGUUGAAGUUGAUCAAGGAACGUCUGAAAAACGACGAUAUUGAGAAGGAAGACGGCACAUUGUAUGCUGUUGCCAGUCUAACUGUCAUUGAGAAAUGGUCAAAGGAUGCCGUCGUCGAACGCACGCAUUUCCAAGGGAUCAGGCAAUUAAUCCGGAGACGGGGCGGGAUGCAAGCAAUGCGGACAAGAAGCCCGACUGGCCCAUUCCUAGAAAAGGUCGUUUACUGGGUCGAUUUUUGUUGCGCUUCAAAUGCAAUUGUGGGCGCCGGUCUCCCUUGGACUGGUGAAAUACCGGAUAUACCCCCUAAGAAUCUUAGUUUUGCGCCUCCAGAGGUUAUUCCAGUGAUUGCGGAUAAUCCCAUGAAUGAAGAUCCUGAAGACAUCGCGGAUAUCCUCCAGGCAUGUGAGGAUUUCCUUGCAUUCUGUCAGUCACUUGACGAUUUGGAAUGCUCGUAUUUGUACAACCAGCCACUACCGCCGUUACGGUCGCCUCAGGAUGGAAACGACAAGCCACCGAAACCAUUUGAUGAAACCUCGCCACUUUACACUCUAUUGGCAAACCUACCAGAUUACGACCAUGGAAUACGCGAUGUUCGCUUCAUCGACGAAUAUACGUGUAUGGCUUGCUUAUUAUAUCUUAAUUUUGGUCUUCACGACUGCUACCUGAACCAUAAAAACUUUGACGAGUAUUUGGAUUGGGUCAACCGGGCGAUAAGAGGAAUAAAUCCACGAUCGAGUCCCAGUAUAGCCUCGCUUCUAUGGAUAUUUCUAAACAAUGGCGGCUUCCAAUAUACCGAGAAGCCCGAUUCUGGUGAAAGAAACUGGCUGGUAUCGCGAAUGCUACGCAUUGCGAAGAGGCUAGAGUGGAAACAACAGGGUAGGCUCUGGGAUAAACUCCGAUCUACCCUGUUUCGGUUUCUACUCACCCAAAGCCGGUGUGGCCUUGGGAGGCCGUGUAUUGACCAGGCGGAACUUAACGCUCGAGAGGAAAGGUUGAGUCGCGGCAGGGAAUUUAUAUGGGACGAAGAUGAAAUGCGGCAAAACAUCCUUGGGAAUCUCUAUACUGGACCUCCGAUUUUUGGGCAACCCCCUGUUGCUGUGACAAUUGCUCAAAACUACUCUCAAGGUUCAGUUAUGGCCGCAGUGACUACUGGCCCUUAG